AAACAGAUAAUAUAUCUGAAAGAAUCACCAGAAGAUGUGUACAAGCUUGUUUUGGCUGGCAGUGUUUCAUAUCUUCCUUUCAGGGAUGCUUCAUUUGGUACUUGCAGUUUUCAUCUAACUUUGCUGGAUUGUUUUCAUGCAAUAAGCAAGGCUUUGCAGUAUGGUUUUCUGGAUUUUGAUGAAUUUGAUGUAAAUGAAUAUGAGCAUUAUGAGAGAGCAGAAAAUGGAGAUUUUAACUGGAUAAUACCAAACAAAUUCAUUGCCUUCAGUGGACCUCAUUCAAGAAGUAAAAUUGAAAAUGGCUAUCCCCAUCAUGCUCCAGAAGCUUAUUUCCCAUACUUCAGGAAACAUAAGGUCACCACUAUAAUACGCCUCAACAAAAAAAUGUAUGAUGCCAGACGUUUUACAGAUGCUGGAUUUGAGCAUUUUGACCUCUUCUUUGCUGAUGGAAGCAUACCUAACGAUACCAUCGUUAAAGCAUUUCUAAGUAUUUGUGAAAAUGCUGAAGGUGUUAUAGCCGUUCAUUGCAAAGCGGGACUUGGACGAACUGGCACACUUAUUGCCUGUUAUAUUAUGAAGCAUUAUCGAAUGACAGCUGCUGAAACUAUUGCCUGGAUUAGGAUAAACAGACCAGGUUCAGUGAUCGGACCACAACAACAUUUCCUGAUGGAGAAACAGCAAGAACUUUGGAGAGAAGGAGAUCUUUUUCAUGCAAAGUUGAGACGAAACUGUAAAAUGGGUGUAACAAGAAUCCUAUCAGGAGUAGGUUAUAUUUCAAUUAAUGGUGUUAGAAACAGAAGAACCAACCAAAACGACACUGAACUGUACAGUGAUGAAGAUGAAACAGACUGCAUAACGCAAGGUGAUAAGCUUCGUGCUCUGAAAAGUAAAAGGCAAGCAAAAUCUCCAACUGCAUCUCCACUAAAGACUGAUUUUGCUCAUUUAAGCCUGAGAUUCACCUUUUUCCUAAAAGUUCUGCUGAAGGCAUUAAGGAAGCAGGAGAACUUGAUUGAAGAGCUGCAUUAUUCACUUUCUUCCUGUUUAUGUUGAUCUUUGGUUCCAGUGCUCUGUGCUCUGCAAAUUCCUGUAGUACUUACGAAUGCCGUAUGCUAGUAAUUUCUUCUUCCUUUCUGUGGUAGCAUAGCAGUGGAAGAAUAUGACUGAUUGGUGGUGUUUGACUGCCUGAAAUAUGGAGUGUUCAUAGUUUUCAGUAAGGCCAGCUGCUUAAGAAUAGUUGAAAGAAAAAUCUUCAGCUUUGUUUCAUUUCCUUCUCCUUGGAGGACUUUCCCUAAAUCCUAUGGGCUUUGGGAUAAUGGCUGACAUUCAGGAAGGCAGGUAGUAGCAGUAUUUUAAUAAAUAAAUUCUAAGGAGACUUGUUCUGUCUUGGAACCUGGUAUGUUAGUAUCCUUAUUUAAAACAAGCGUGAAACACCACCUGUAAAAUAAAGUUUGUAGGCAGCUGUUGUUUGCAUCUCUUGUAGACUGCAGCAACUGUAGAUGGAAAAACUUUUGGCUCCCCAUACAUAAACUGCAAGGGAAUGCAAGAUGUGAAAGACAUAUCCAAGAUCUCAUUUCUUUCCUAGGAAAGAAAGGGUAACGUCUGGCUGGUAGAUUUUUGCAAAUAUUACACUACUGGAAUUAUAGACCAAAGGCAACUUGGCUUUUUUUACGCUGUAUUUCUGUAGGGAUCAUAAGGCAAAAUUCAGAGCUAAUUAUGGGCCAAAAAGUGUCAUCAAACUUUUAGGAAAGUGAGAAGUACAUAGUAAGAAUAUGCUAAAGUUACGAGAGUGUCUUUGGAUAGCCUCACACAUUGCUGUGUAAGAAUUUGACUUUUGUUUUAAUUAAACGAAUCUCUGUUGUUGACAGUUAUCAUUUACACAGACAACCAUAUAAGCAACAAUAUAUGAAGAGCAAAGCCUGUACCAACUGAAAUUUUUUUAAAAAGUAGAAAAAUCAGACAAUACAAAAAAACAAAACAAAACAAAAAAAAAGCCCACCUCAGUGUACUGGAACAGUAAAGUAAAAAACAGUUACCUUGCACAUUAUUUUCUGAGGCAUGUGUUGCCUUCAUUUGUACUUCCAAGUAUUUUUUUUUCACAUGUAGUACUUUAAGUAUAUAAUAAAGUUUGUGAAAAGUUUCAGUUACAGCAUGUUCUUUAGAAUGAAUGUUGACUGGGUAAUUUAGGUUAUGAUAGUUUUGCAUGUGUAUUGGCACGGGGAGGUGGUAUACUAACAAGGAAUUGGAAUUUCCUUUUUACUGUUUUUUGCAGGAGAUGAUUUUAUGGUAUCUCAGCUUGUACUGAGAUAAUGUGAUGACAGAGUGUUACUGUUAUUAAACCAAAAUAGGGAUGGUUAGCUGCCUUACCAGAAUUAGUUACCAUACUUAAGUAGCUCUCAGCCUUUUUCGUUUUAGUUCAGAAUCUUAAAAAGUAGCUAAUGCUGCUGAGAAACUGAUUUUGUCUGAGCAAACAAAAAGAAAUUUCUAAAUUCUCUAUGUAGUUUUAUUUCAGAAAACAAAACAACUACUACAACAAAAAGCACAAGCAAAAUAAGAGCACCAGAAGUCAAGAGGAUUAUAGUUUUUUGAGGGCUAGAAGCAUUACUUUGAGUCACAAGGGGUUUCUGUAUAGCAUUUUAAAGAUGAUUGUAUGACCUUUAUGUGGUUGUAAAUGGAUGCUUUGUGUAUGUUCCAAUGAGCAAUAUGGUAUACCUUUGGCAAAGAGAAUAUCAGUUACCUUUGGCAUUUUUGAACGUAGGAAGUAAUGCACCCCUGCUGUCUUGAGUGUUCACAUAAAUAGUUGCUAGAAAGUGAUCUGGCUCUGGUCUAGUAUUUUUGUAUCAAAACAUAUGGUUGUGAAGUAAGAUUGUUAGUACAGACUGUUCAAACUGCGUAAGAGAUGGCUACAAAUGGUCUAGAAUGCAUUUAUUUUUGAAAUAUUGACAACUUUCUUUGGAAGCGAUUACUUCAGUGAGGAUUUCAAGAAAUUUUUUUCUGCUUCCUGUAACACAUAGAUACAUUUGACAAGUUACAGUUACAUGGAUUCAUAUGGAAAGUAAGAAAAUGCUUGACUAAGAUUAUGGAGCAGUAUG